GAGACCAUUUCCGGGCCACUAAUCCCGCCCAUUUCAUACUUUAUUCGGGUUCCAUCAGCCCGCUGUUUCUGUCGUGUGUGUGCUCUGGCUGAUGAGGUGUCCUGAUAGAUCCGCUGACCGGUGCUCGCUAGCUAGCCGCUAGACUGCAGGGGACCACCAUCAGAGGGACACCAUGGCCAUUAAAUUCUUAGAGGUGAUAAAGCCCUUCUGUGCGGUUUUACCUGAGAUCCAGAAACCAGAGAGGAGGAUUCAGUUCAGAGAAAAAGUGUUAUGGACUGCAAUCACCCUGUUCAUCUUUCUGGUGUGCUGCCAGAUUCCCCUCUUUGGAAUCAUGUCCUCAGACUCAGCAGAUCCUUUUUACUGGAUGAGAGUGAUCCUGGCAUCCAACAGAGGUACUCUGAUGGAGUUGGGUAUCUCUCCCAUUGUGACAUCUGGCCUGAUCAUGCAGCUGCUGGCUGGAGCUAAAAUCAUUGAGGUUGGAGACACACCUAAAGAUAGAGCACUCUUCAACGGAGCUCAGAAACUCUUUGGCAUGAUCAUCACCAUUGGCCAAUCUAUCGUGUAUGUGAUGACUGGCAUGUAUGGAGACCCUUCAGAAAUGGGUGCUGGAAUCUGCCUCCUCAUCAUCAUCCAGUUGUUUGUGUCCGGUCUGAUCGUGUUACUGCUGGAUGAGUUGCUGCAGAAGGGUUACGGUUUGGGCUCUGGUAUUUCUCUCUUCAUCGCCACCAACAUCUGUGAAACAAUAGUAUGGAAGGCGUUCAGCCCAACCACAGUCAACACGGGAAGAGGUACAGAGUUUGAAGGAGCCAUUAUUGCUCUUUUCCACCUGUUGGCCACUCGUACUGAUAAAGUGCGAGCACUGAGAGAGGCCUUUUACAGACAGAACCUGCCCAACCUCAUGAACCUCAUUGCUACAGUCUUCGUCUUUGCAGUGGUCAUAUACUUUCAGGGCUUCAGAGUUGACCUCCCUAUCAAAUCUGCUCGUUACCGUGGCCAGUAUAACACAUAUCCCAUCAAACUGUUCUACACCUCCAACAUUCCCAUCAUCCUGCAGUCUGCAUUAGUGUCCAACUUAUACGUCAUCUCUCAAAUGCUCUCCACUCGCUUCAGUGGGAACUUCUUGGUCAACCUGCUGGGUACUUGGUCGUCAAAUGAACGCAAAGCAUAA